CAAAUUUCGGAAAUAUAUGAAUUAUUUAUCAUCUAAAAACACAAAAUAGGUUAAGGUAACUAUACAUUUAAAUGCACACUUUUACGUACUACAACUGUGUGCAAAAGUUGUGUACACAAAUUGAUGAUCAAUAGUGUAAGACAGAAACAUGGACAAAAUGAUGGACAGCGACGAAGUAUUAUUUUUAGCAAAAGCAAGUGGAACGGUACUGAUUUCGUCUGUUGUGCUUUAUGUCGCAUGGAAAAAAAUAAGAGGCAAAGCUCCCAAGAAGAAUCAUCCUCGAGAUACAGUUAUACUUCAUCAGUUUGAACGAGGUCCAUAUGCACCAAGUAUGACACCAUAUGCUAUUAAAGUAGAAACUUACCUCCGUAUGGCAAAGAUUCCAUAUAAAAAUGAACACGGUUUCACUCCCAGCAAAAAAGGAAAAUGGCCAUGUAUUGAAUACAAUGGAGAGGAAAUUGCAGAUUCUGAAUUUUGUAUAGAAUAUUUAAAUAAUAAACUAGGAAUCGAUCUGGAUAAAGACUUUCCAGCAAAGGAAAGGGGUAUAGCAAGAGCUUUUCAGAAAAUGUUAGAAGAAAACACAUACUGGGCAUGCGUACUAGAUAGAUGGGUAUAUGAUGAAGACUGGACAUCUUGUAAAGUCAUGAAAAUUCCAACAUUAACUGGUUAUUUUAUCAGACGACAAAUGAAGAAAAUGGCGUAUGCCCAUGGAAUGGGACGACAUACUCCAAAUGAGGUGUACCAUAUUAUGGAGCUUGAUUUCAAGGCUUUAUCUAAUUUCUUAGGUAACAAAAAAUUCCUCCUAGGAGACAAGCCAUGCCAAGCAGACUGUAGUGUAUUUGGUCUGAUUAGUAAUGCUUACUGGCAAUCGUUCGGAACUCAAGUAGAAUCAACAAUCAAAAAGUACAAAAACUUAUGUGAUUAUUGUGAAAGGAUGAAGGAGACGUUCUGGCCUGACUGGAACGAAUGUAUUACGCAUGGGGGUACAAAAGAGGCGACGAAAUGAUUAUUGGUUUUGUCAUGAGCUAAUUUGUAC